AUGCAUGAAAUGAUAUGUCAAUGUCUCACGUCAGAACUGAGGUUCAACACUGAUCCCACGGUCCCUGGGACGGAGAUGCUGGCCAUCGCAGCUGCGUUGCCACACGCAGGGUGCAAGCCACCGUGGCCGGUCGCAGCCUCCGAGAUUCAAGAGGAUCUCAGGGGAUUGGUGGCAGCGCAGAACAUCAUGAUGGUGAAGGGCUGGUCGCGGUCGGUGGCCGCGGUGACUAUUCUGCGAUGCGCUUAUGAGUGCCGACAGUUCCGGGAGGACCUCUGUAGCGUGCAGGCUCUGCGUGUUGAUUUGCGCCCAGUCGAUGCAAGUCGCCUUCAGCCUGGGUUUAGGGUGUAG